AUGUCCGCUCUUCAUAGUCACAUCGCCUCUCUCUCCCAGCACCCUUCCAAUUGGUUUGCCCGCACCGACUUCAAGCUGGAGCCCUGUGAUUGGCCGCCAGAUCCCAGGAUAGCGCGGGAGUGCAACGUACAUGCGCUCUCAGUGCGGAUAGUCAAGGAGCUGGUAACCCUAUGCCCCGUGGAUCUCUCCCUCACAGCCAAUCACGUGUCUGCAGAGGCGUUUCAUCAACUCAUGUUGCAAGGGAGAGUGGGGAAUGGAGGAAUGGAGAAUGGGAAAGUGGAGAAUGGAGAAAUGGUGAAUGGGGGAGUGGAGAAUGGGGGAGUGGAGGGAGAGGAGGAAUCAACGGGAGAGUGUGAGGAGGAGCAGGAGGAGAAGGAGGAAGGGCGUGUGCCACGUGGCAUGGUGGUAUUGGACACCAGGAACGUGUACGAGACGCGCAUCGGACGAUUCGUGCCGCCCAAAGGUGCUGCCAGUCGCUUCCUUGUUAUGCCCAUGUGUUCUGGCCUGGGGAUUGACAUUCAUCCACCCCUGCAUCUGCCAGUUCAGCGAUCUACCGGCAUGGGUGGACACGCACGAGGCAAGGGGGAUACUGCAUACAUGCCCGAUCCCCUCCUUUCCUCUGUCACUUCCCUUGCACCGCACAAUCCCAUACCUGACACCACCUCCCAGGAGUGCAGUGCAACUCGGUUCAGCGAUCUGCCGGCAUGGGUGGACAGGCAUGAGGAGAAGCUGAGAGACAAAACGGUGCUCAUUGCUGUGCGGGUAUUGCACUGCACGGGAGGGGUCCGCUCCACGGCCUACCUUGGAUCCAAGGGGCCUGGCUUCCAAGACGUGGUGCAGGUGUGUGCUAUGCGGUGCAGGUGUGUGCUAUGCGGUGCAUGUGGUGCAGGUGUGUGCUAUGCGGUGCAUGUGGUGCAGGUGUGUGCUAUGCGGUGUGUGCUAUGCGGUGCAUGUGGUGCAGGUGUGUGCUAUGCGGUGCAUGUGGUGCAGGUGUGUGCUAUGCGGUGUGUGCUAUGCGGUGCAUGUGGUGCAGGUGUGUGCUAUGCGGUGCAUGUGGUGCAGGUGUGUGCUAUGCGGUGUGUGCUAUGCGGUGCAUGUGGUGCAGGUGUGUGCUAUGCGCUGUCAGGGGGCAUCGUGCGCUAUCUCGAGGCGUUCCCAGAUGGGGGUUUCUUUCAGGGGAAGAACUUUGUCUUUGACCACCGCCUGGCUGUGCCACCAGCAGCGCCGCAACAAGCAACGAUUGGAGUGUGCUGUCUGUGCGUGAGGCCCUUUGAUGACUACAGCGGGAGGAACCGCUGCGCUGCAUGCCGCAUGCUGCUGCUCGUGUGCCCUGCUUGUACUCAGACAGAGACCGAUGUCCUGUGCCUCGUCAGGUGGCACUGUAGCUGCUCCUUCACCUGCCCCUUCACCUACUUCUCCUCUAGCUUCUCAACCUCCUCGAACCAAGUUCGCCUGGCUGACAGGACCCAUUGA